AGGCGCCUUUGAUCGGAGCGAGGCGAACCCCGCCGGGCACCGGCACCGGCACCGCCGCACCCCCGGGCACCGGCACCGGGACACCCCCGGGCAUCGGGACACCGGCAGCGGGACUUCGGCACCGGGACAUCCCGGGACAUCCCGGGACAUCGGCACCGGGACAUCCCCGAGCACCGGGACACCGGCACCGGGACACCCCCGAGCACCGGGACAGCAGCAGCAGCCCCGAGCACCGGCCCCGGGACCCCGUCCCCCCCCCCCCCCCCCCUCCUCCUGCACUCCACCCCCGCCCCCAGCCCCGAGCCACCGCCGCGCAGCGCCCCGGGAGCAGCACCGGGACAUCGGGCACCGACACCGAGACACCCCCGGUACCGGCACCGAGACACCCCCGGGAACCGGGACCGGAGCUUCCCCGAGCACCGGCACCGAGGCACCCCCGGGCACCGGCACCGAAGCCCCCCCCGGGCACCGACCGCCGGGCUGCGAUGCUUCCCGGUGCGGGCCCCCUCGCCUUCCUCCUCCGGUGCCUGCUGCUCCUCUUCGCCUCCGAGAGCCGAGCCCGGGCUCGGCCGGAUAUGUUCUGUGACUUCAGUGGCAAGAAGUACAGCCCAGGCGAGAGCUGGCACCCCUACCUGGAGCCCCAGGGGCUGAUGUACUGCAUCCGCUGCAGCUGCUCCGAGAAUGGGAACACCAGGUGCUAUCGGAUCCAGUGCCCGGCUCUGCAGUGCGCCAGCCCCGUCACGGACCCCCAGCAGUGCUGCCCGCGGUGUCUCGAGCCAAACUCCCCCUCUGGCCUCCGGGCGCCUGCCAGGUCCUGCCAGUACAACGGGACGACGUACCAGCAAGGCGAGAUGUUCACCACCAGUGAGCUCUUCCCCAGCCGCCAGCCCAACCAGUGUGUGCAGUGCAGCUGCUCCGAAGGCCAGAUUUACUGCGGCUUGGUGACCUGCCCGGAGCUGCUGUGCUCCUCUCCCCUAACGGUGCCAGACUCCUGCUGCCAGGUCUGCAAAGAUGGCUCAUACGAGAAGUCCGCGGAAGAGGAACCCCUGCAGUUAAACAGAGGUGUUAGGCACUCGCAAGACCAGUGCUCGGGGGAAGCGAUGGGCAGGAAGCCCCUCGGAGCCACCGCGUCCACCGUUCUCAGCUCCUCCCUGGAGUUCAUUCCCAGGAGCUUCAAACCCAAGGGGGGAGGUGGCACCACCGUGAAGAUCGUCUUGAAGGAGAAGCACAAGAAAGCUUGUGUUUACAACGGGAAGACCUACUCCCACGGGGAAGUGUGGCACCCCGUCUUCCGGCUCUACGGCCUCCUGCCCUGCAUCCUGUGCACUUGCAGGGACGGUGUCCAGGACUGCCAGAAGAUCUCGUGCCCCAAGGAGUAUCCCUGUGACUAUCCCGAGAAAGUGGAUGGGAAAUGCUGUAAAAUAUGUCCAGAAACCAGAGUCAAACCCACCGAUGAAAUCGUCACUACCCAAUGCGGCAAGAACCCCAACCGCGUCCUGGUGUACAUGUUUGUGCCACCGAGCUCCGAGACCUCCAAGGAGGUCCUGAGGACAAUCGCAAUCGAGAAGGAGCCCUCUGAAGAGGUGGAAAUCUAUAACUGGAAGCUGAUUAAAGGGAUAUUUCACUUGAUCCAGACCAAGAAGAUCAGCAAACAGGAAUUCAAGCAAGAAGCGCAGAACUUCAGGCUGAUCACCAGGACGAACGAAGGUCACUGGAACAUCUUCCGAGCCCAGACGUCAGAGCUGACGAUGACAGAGAGUCCAGAGAAAGAAACAAAGAACUUGUAAAAGAGAAACUUUAACCUAGCUAUUGAUUUAUCUACACCCACACACACAUACACACCU